UCAACUCCGUGGAAAUGUGAGCCCUGGCUGGGUGGAUUGCUUUUUUUUUUUUCUCCCUGCUCUCACUUCCUCCUUCACUACUACAGCCUGCCUGUUUGUUACUGUAUCAAUAAGCGGCUGGGUAUGCCCUGAAGCGACGCGUCGAGAAAGAAGAGUGGAACUGGUACCGACCCAAAGACAAAGUUUUACUAUUUUUAUUUCGGGUCAUUAUGAGCGACUUGGAUGUAAACGGGGCUCUGACCCGCAGAAGAAGGGCGACCCUCGCAACGGAGCGCACUGCGAAGGUGCGGCCGGUGAACGGAGCUUCUGCAGCGGGCACUGCGAGCUUAGGGACCGCCGACUUCAGCCUCCACGAUGGACUGAGGCAACGCGAGCGGUCGCUGGAGCGGCCCACUGCAAAGAGCGAGAAAAAGAAACGCAGGAGCGAAAUGGGCGACCGACUGAGCUGUCACAAGGCUCAGGAGUCGCUUCUGAGUUCAGCCAGCGGUUAUAGUAAUUACAGAGGGGUCCUCAACUGGUGUGUGGUAAUGCUGGUCCUGAGUAAUGCACGCCUCUUCUUAGAAAACAUUUUAAAGUAUGGUAUUCUUGUGGACCCCAUUCAAGUGGUUUCCUUGUUUCUGAAAGACCCCUACAGCUGGCCCGCUGCGUGCCUGGUAAUUGUGUCCAACGUGUUCAUUGUUGUGGCUCUCUACACUGAAAGGCAGCUGUCGAAGGGUUCAUUUAGUGAAUUUGCUGGAUUUCUGAUCCAUUGCAUUAACUUGUCAACCCUGCUAACAUUUCCUGCUGCUGUGGUGCUGGUGGUUCGCUCUAUGACUCCAGUUGGCGGCGUGUUUGCACUCGGCAUUUACACAAUCCUCUUCUUGAAGCUGUAUUCGUAUAAGGACGUGAACCUGUGGUGCAGGGAGCUGAGCGCCAUCAAGGCCAAGAAACUGUCCAGGUCAAUGUCUUGUCCUACAGCACAGCACUUUAAAGCAGGCGAGCAAAAAGUUUGUUACCCUGGCAACCUUACAAUUAAAGAUAUGUACUACUUUGUCUUUGCGCCUACUCUGUGUUACGAGCUCAACUUCCCUCGUUCUCCAAAAAUACGCAUUCAAUUCCUGCUGAGGAGGCUGUGUGAGAUGCUGUUUUUCACCCAGGUUUUAGUUGGGCUCACCCAGCAGUGGAUGAUCCCCAUCAUUCAAAGCUCAAUGAAACCACUUGAAGACAUGGAUCUGUCCCGGAUGACUGAGAGACUUCUACGAUUAGCUGUCCCGAAUCACUUGUUAUGGCUGAUGUUUUUCUACUGGUUCUUCCAUUCAUCUAUGAAUUUCUCAGCCGAGCUGCUGCGCUUCGGAGACAGACAGUUUUACAAGGACUGGUGGAAUUCUGAGACGGUGACUUAUUUCUGGCAGAACUGGAACAUCCCUGUACACAAGUGGUGUCUGCGUCAUUUCUACAAGCCUCUGCUGAGGAAAGGAUUCAGUAAAAAAGUCAGCCAAUCAGCUGUCUUCUUCCUGUCAGCGUUCUUCCAUGAGUACCUGGUGAGUGUUCCUCUCAGGAUGUUCAGACUGUGGGCUUUCACGGGCAUGAUGGCACAGCUUCCAUUAGCCUGGUUCGUUGGCCACUUCCUGCGAGGUAACUAUGGCAACGCUGCAGUGUGGAUGUCCAUCAUCAUCGGCCAGCCGUUCGCUGUCUUGAUGUACGUCCACGACUACUACGUAAUGCACUACAGGAGCGAAGCAGAAUAAUGCGCACAACAAUCUGUGCAGCUGGGACCUUGUUUUCCUUCCUCUGCCUCUCAUGUAUGAAUAAACACAAACAGCACUAACAUAAAGCCAGUUACAGGUAUCACACUCUACACCUCAGGACUAUCUCAUUAGAUUUCCUAUGAUCCUCUCAUGUUUACAUAAAACUUCUCACAGGACAAAACAUUUGAUCAAAAUAUAAUAAUUCUGAAGUACAUCUCUAACUAUAGGAGGGCAAUAGAGAAACUGCUGACUGCAGCUUUAUACUCAGGUGAACAGUACACUAGUGUCUUAUUACAAUGUAUGAUUGUGAGUCUUGAUUAUAAACUCCUGUGAAUGCAGAACUUAUUUUUCAAUGCAAGAAAAUAGGCUUUUGUUCAGUUCUUUCUAUAUGUUAGCCUCUGACUUUGUGAAUGGAUGGUAUAAUAUAUCAUCAUAUGAUUGCAUAACAUGAUUGUGUUAUUGCAAGUCUAGAUGAAAUUACUUUCGUCAGUUUUUUAAGUCAAAGUGACCGUAAUACAUGCUUAAAAUGUAAUGAGGAAUGAUUGUAUUGUGGGAAGAUAUUGUUUUUGUUUUGUUUAAGGAUUUUUUUUUUUUGCUCCUGUAAGUUCAGAAUUACGGUAGGCUGGUGUGAUAUCUUUGAUGUUUUACCUAAAGUGCCAUCUGAAAGCAGAUUCAGUUAUUGCAAUAAUAGUAUAUAUUAAUCUUUUUGAACUAUUGCAAAUAACUGUCAUAUUUUUUUAAAACAAUGUGAUAUAAAAUAAAUGUCUAAAGAAACUGGAGUGAAAAUGA